AUGGUGGAUAAAUUAACCGGUCUUCGUCCGCAGGAAUUUUCGAAUAAAAUAAAAUCGAAAAGAUUUGGAAAGCUAAGGUUUAAUUGCGGGAUUUGUGAAAAGCAAUGCAGUGACAAUAAUGAAUAUAAAUCCCAUUGUAUGAGUGAAAGUCACUUGAAUCAAUUGCAAAUUUGUGAUGAAAUUAAUUGGGAGGAGUAUGUUGAAAAGUCAUCUCAGGAAUUUGAGGAUGGUUUUUUAGAGUUUAUGAGACUCAAUCAUGGAGGUAGCCGUGUCGCUGCGAGGGUCGUUUAUAAUGAGUAUCUCUCUGAUGAGGAGCAUGUUAGCCAGUGGAGUCGUUUGAAGGGUUUGAAGGAUUUUGUGGUGGAUUUGGGUGUGACAGGGAAGUGUAAGGUGGAGUUCAGCGAAAACGAGUGGUUUAUCACUUAUAUUGUUAGGGAUUCCAAGGCUAAGGGAAUGAAUGAAAUUGCUUCUGUUGAUGUUUCCAAGGAAAAUGGGAUGCAGAAUGAAUCGGGUUCUUCAUCAACAGGUUCCAUAGGUCCAACAUGA